AUGGACUCUCUGGUAGCGAGCUAUGCUUCGUCGGACGAAGAGGAAGAAGAACGCCAACCACGUACAGAAUCUUUCACCGUAAAAUCAUCCUUGGGUCCUUCCUCUACUUCGUCGUCUCUGUUCUCAGCUAUCCCUCAACCUAAAGCAUCCAGAUCUUCCGAAGAUGGGGGUUUUGGGUCAUCUUCUCCUUUUCUCUCCUCUCUCCCACCUCCAAAAUCAUCGAUUUCUCGGCACCGAAACCCCUCUCCGUCGUCAAUUCCGGCGUUACCCAAACGUGUCGUUCAGAUCAGGCUUCCUGUCCCGAGCAGCGUUGAUGAUGACGAUGAAGACGAUGAAGAAGAGGAGAAAGCGAGGAAGAGGCGUAAACAGAUGGAAUCCGCUGCGGCACCGCACGAUUCAUCUGUGAGAUCGUUCUUAUCCGCCAUGCCUGCACCAAAGAGCUCGCAAACACUCGGCGCUUUUCCCACAUUGGGAUCGGGAUUAGGAUCAGGUCGAAGAUCGAUUCUCGAAACGGAAUCACCUGCAAUCACUCAAACGGAAUCAGGUAGCGAUCAGAACCAGAGUUAUGAAUCAUUUAGCAGCCAUAGUAGCGAAACGGAGCAAAUUGCUGGUUAUGGUGGAUACGAAACAAACCCUAGUGGUAGUGGAGAUGCGUCUGGUUAUGGUGGAUACGAAGAAAACCCUAGUGGUGGUGGAGAUGCGUCUGGUUAUGUGGGAUACGAUGCUAGUAGCUAUGGAGGUAACACAUGGAACGGUGGUGGUGGGUUUGAGGCAACAACGGGAUUGCCUGAAGCGUUUGUAGCCAUGGAUAGCGGUGCGAGGAGAGGAAGGAGAGGGAAGAACAGUUUCCCAACAGAGAUAAUUGAGGUGAAGCAAGAUGAUCUGAUGAAGGAUAGGCCAAGAGUUGAUCAGGUUAAAUCUACUGGAAUCGCCUUUGGACCUGCGUAUCAGCCUGCGUCAUCUUCAACAAAGGGUAAAGUGUCGAAGCUUCACAAGAGAAAGCAUCAGAUCACUUCGUUAUUCAUGGACAUGAAGCAGAAGGAGUCGGAGUUAGCAGAGAGGCGCUCAAGAGGAUUGCUCACAAAAUCCGAGACACAAGCUAAAUACGGAUGGUGA